CCGAGAGCAGUCCUCCGGGUUCUCGGAGAUAAGAUGGCUGUGGCUGGCGUUUCCAGGCCAGUCUGUCACAACAGAGCUCGGUUCUUGUUGUAUCGAGAGGGGUAACAUUCCCUUCUCGACCCGGGAUUUUUAAUUUUAAAUUUUAUUUCGUUAUUAUAAGGAUUUAAGGGAGACAAGACAUGGGGUGUCAGACUUUACAGAUCCUGAGACAGGGCGUGUGGGCUUCAGUUACGGGCGGCUGGUAUUAUGACCCGCAUCAAAAUACAUUUGUCAAUGCCUUGCACCUGUACAUCUGGGUGUUCCUCCUUUGUUUUCCGUUUACGCUGUACAUGGCCCUGCCGUCCUCCAUGUUGAUCGUUGGGAUCUAUUGCAGCGUGAUCGCCGCUGUCUUCCUACUACUCAAGGUGGUGAAUUACCGUCUGCACCGGGCACUGGACGAGGGAGAGGUGGUGGAGCGCAGCGCCAGCCAGCUGACCAACCGUGGGGCCAAGCUGGAAGGGGGCAAUGACAGAAACGCUACCUGCCGUGAGGACAGCAACGGCCCUGGCGAUCCCGGAGGGGGGAUCGAAAUGACUGAUUUCAUCAGGGAAGUCACUCCUCCAGUGGAAUGCAGCUCAAGGAAUUCAUUUGCAGGCAUGGACUCCAUCAACCAGAUUGCAUCUUUGGAAGGUGAAGUCACCACCACAGCCAAAGGAGGGUCAGAGAUGGGAAAGAUCUCAGAUGACAUUAGCUUGAGCCUGGCUCAGAGCUGCAGCCUCUGCAAGGACGGGAGUCAGGAGCAAGAUCUGACAUCGGACCCAAAGAUGUACUGUCUGGUCUCCAAUGACUCGUUCGCCUCGAUGCAGCCGUCCACCUCUCUGGGACCCCCUGAGCUGUCCCGAGACCCUGUGGAGCUGCCCUGCAUCCCCUCCUCACACCACGUGGACCAGUCUCUGUCUGCAGCCUGUGACACCCAGACGGCCUCCCUCAUCCCACUGCACUCCCAGUCCUACCGCAAGGACCCUCGUCCCCGAGGAGUCCCUCGCACAUCUAGCUCUGCCGGAUCUGCCUUCCCCGACCCCUCGCUACCGGACUUUGGCAUUUACCCCCAGCCCAGGAGGGGUGGGCUAGACCCUGUGUGUGAACUGGAGGCCUCCAAGCCCUCUAACUCGAGAGAAGUUGAGGAAGGGCUAUAUCAGCUGGAGCCCACUGCCUCUACCUCUACCUCGAGGGGGCUGGAAAUGGGAGACUGCUGCAGGCACUAUCAACUGGAGGACAGGACACUUGCCAUCACCAUUUCCCGUGAGGCUGGCAAGGAGAGUUCUGGGCUCUAUCUGGCCGGGCACGACUCCCGGAAAGAUCUGAAAGGGGAUUGCAGCGCGGAUAGCCUGCGGAGUCUUAGCACGAGAAGCAGCGGCUCGACGGAGAGCUACUGUAGCGGCACCGACCGCGACACAAACAGCACGGUCAGCAGCUUCCGCAGCGAGCAGACUAGCUCAACACACGUGGAGAGCCUGCUCUCGCUGUCCGGGGAUGAGAAGAGCAAGGAGCAGCCAGGGGACUCCAGCUUCUCGGCCAACACCGAGAGCAGGACACGAGGGGAAGGUAGCUCGCCCGGCUGCCAGAGUCGCAGCAGCAGCUCCCGAGGGCUAGGCGCCCUGGCAGGGGAGGCUAACAAGAACCCGCACGCCAACGAGCUGACGGCCAAGCAGCAGCCGGCUCCCAGUCCUGCGGAACCAGGUGACCCCGGCACAGAGGAACCACGUGCCAGGGCCAGGAAAGAGAAAGCUAGCGUGAAGGAAAGGGAAAAAGAUGAUGUGAGGCCUAAGUCUGCCAACUUGAUCCACCGGGUGUCUUCCUCGAGGCACAAGGCUGGUGGCGGCAAUGGUCGGAGGCGCACAGGGAAGAAGCGGGCGAGCAGCUUCGACGCCAGCCGGCAUCGAGAUUACAUCUCGCUACGGGGCAUGGCCAAGCCGCGCAGUGCUGUGUUUGCCACAGAGGAGGACUCCAGCGACCAAAGUGACUUGAGUCGUACCUCCAGCCUGCAUUCGGCCCACCGCUUCAGUACAGACAGCUCUUCCAGCACCACCUCUCACUCCUGCCAGUCCCCAGAGGGACGAUACCGUGUCCUGAAGGCCAAGUAUGGGGGCAGUGCACGGGAGAGGGGCCGUGACUCUGAGGCAGGGCGGAGGGGAGCGGCCUCCUCCUCCAAGGGCCAGUCCUGCUCGGAGGGGGGCGCAGGAGGGCGCAGGCAUUCCUCUCGCCGCACCCCCAGCACAGGCAGCGCAAAGACUCACACCCGUGUGCUGAGCCUGGACAGUGGCACCGCCGCCUGCCUUAACGACCCCAACCGACUAGGGGCUCCGGCCAGCGCCCGUCCACUCACCACCUCCAAAUCGGACCUGGAGGCCAAAGAGGGGGAGGUUCUGGACGAGCUAUCCCUGCUGGGCCGGGCCUCACAGCUCGAGUCAGUGACACGGUCCCGAAACAGCCUGCCCAGCCAUGUGGCGUUCCCAGAGAGCGAGAAGACUGAGGUCACUGGCGGAGCCGCCCGGUCGAGCGAGGAGGCAGUAACGUUUCGCCGUGAGCGCAGCACGUUCAGGCGGCAGGCUGUCCGGCGCCGGCACAACGCCGGGAGUAACCCCACCCCCCCGGCCUCCCUCAUCGGAUCUCCACUCAGCCUUCAGGAAGCUGCACAGGGUCCCCAGCUCUCCACCUCCCAGCUCAAACUGCAGUCCCACCCCCCCUCACAGUCAGCUGUGCUCAGCGAGAGCUCCUCCCUGCUGGCCAGGAACGGAAGUGUCCACCAGGAGGGCUUUCCAGACAACGUGUCUGCCAUUGGCGGAGCCAGUUUGCACGAUGAGUUCGGUACGCAGCAGCAACAAUGGCGGUGGCAAAACAUUUUUUGGAAGUUCACACCUCCUCUCUAUGAGACAGGGGGCUGUGACAUGUCUCUGGUGAACUUUGAACCUACCAGGAGACGCACAUCAAACAACAUCUGGGACACAGACUCCCAUCUCUCCAGUUCUACCUCAGUUCGAUUUUACCCACAUGACCUGCUCUCUCUUCCUCAGAUCCGUCUGAACCAGUUACUUACCAUCGACCAUGACCUCCUGGAGCAGCAGGACACUGACCUCAGCCCCGACCUGCAGGACCCCAUGCAGCGCCCAGAGGAGGUCGUCCACAAGGCCAAGCACUAUUACCGCUUCUGGUUGAUGCCUUACGUGUGGAUCGGGGUGAACUUCGACCGGCUCACCCUGAUCGCCCUGUUCGACAGAAACAGGGAGGUGUUGGAGAAUGUGCUGGCUGUGGUGCUGGCUGUGCUGGUAGCCUUCCUAGGCUCUGUGCUUCUCAUCGCUGGCUUCUUCACAGACAUCUGGGUCUUUCAGUUCUGCCUGGUCAUCGCCAGCUGCCAGUACUCCCUGCUCAAGAGUGUGCAGCCUGAUUCGUCAUCUCCAAGACAUGGCCACAACCGUGUCAUUGCCUACAGCCGGCCCGUGUAUUUCUGUAUGUGCUGCGGGCUGAUCUGGCUGCUGGACUAUGGCAGUGUGAGGCCUAGCACUCCCCGCUUCACACUGUACGGAGUGGCCUUCACCAGCACACUGCUCCUGACUUCAGCCAGGGACCUCAUCAUAGUGUUUACACUCUGCUUUCCCAUUGUGUUCUUCAUUGGUCUGCUUCCUCAAGUCAACACCUUUGUGAUGUAUUUCUUUGAGCAGAUCGACAUUCACAUCUUUGGUGGGAACGCCUCAACCAGCCUUCUGUCAGCCCUGUACAGUUUUGUUCGCAGCAUCAUAGUGGUGGCCCUGCUAUACGGUCUGUGCUAUGGUGCUUUGAAGGAAUCGUGGGAUGCCCAGCACAUUCCGGUCCUCUUCUCUGUGUUCUGUGGUCUCCUAGUGGCUGUGUCCUAUCACCUAAGCAGGCAGAGCAGCGACCCCUCUGUUCUCAUCUCAUUGGUGCAAUUGAAGGUAUUUCCCAACCUGAAGGAUAAAAAUCCAGAGGAUCCACUCUCUGAAGUGAAGGAUCCAUUACCGGAGAAACUGAGGAACUCUGUGAGUGAACGCCUUCAGUCUGAUUUCAUCAUCUGCAUUGUGAUUGCUGUUUUAUACUUCGCAAUCCAUGUCAGCACAGUGUUCAUUGCAUUGCAGCCUUACUUGAGCUACGUGUUGUAUGCGUUGGUGGGUGUUGUUGGUUUGGGAACGCAUUACCUGCUGCCUCAGCUCCGCAAGCAGCUGCCUUGGUACUGUUUUUCCCACCCACUGCUCAAAACCAAGGAGUACUACCAGUUUGAGGUCCGAGAUGCUGCGCAGGUGAAGUGGUUUGAGAAGAUCCACGUGUGGAUGCUGUUCAUGGAGAAGAAUGUGCUGUACCCCCUCAUUGUCCUCAAUGAGCUGAGUGGCAGCGCCCCAGUCAUCGCUAGCUCUAAGAAACUCGACAAGGAGAUGGGUGCUUUGAUGAUCACCAUCGCUGGUUUAAAGCUCCUGCGCUCCUCGUUCAGCAGUCCCACCUACCAGUACGUGACGGUCCUGUUCACGGUGCUCUUCUUCACCUUCGACUACCAGCCCCUCUCUCAGACUCUGCUGCUGGACCUCUUCCUCAUGUCGAUUGUCUUCAGCAAGCUAUGGGAGCUGUUCUACAAGCUGCGCUUUGUGUACACCUACAUUGCACCCUGGCAGAUCACCUGGGGAUCCGCCUUCCACGCCUUCGCCCAGCCCUUCGCUGUGCCUCACUCAGCGAUGCUGUUUGUUCAGGCUGUGGUCUCUGCUAUCUUCUCCACUCCCCUCAACCCUUUCCUGGGCAGCGCUAUAUUCAUCACCUCCUACGUGCGGCCUGUCAAGUUCUGGGAGAGGGACUACAACACAAAGCGGGUCGAUAACUCUAACACCAGACUGGCAUCUCAGCUUGACAGGAACCCAGGUUCUGAUGACAAUAACCUGAACUCGAUCUUCUAUGAGCACCUGACCCGCUCCCUGCAGCACAGCCUGUGUGGGGACCUGCUGCUGGGGCGCUGGGGUAACUACAGCACGGGAGACUGCUUCAUCCUGGCAUCAGACUACCUCAAUGCACUGGUGCACCUCAUCGAGAUCGGAAAUGGACUGGUCACCUUCCAGCUGAGGGGCCUGGAGUUCAGGGGUACGUACUGCCAGCAGCGCGAGGUGGAGGCGAUCACAGAGGGGGUGGAGGAGGACGAGGGGUUCUGCUGCUGUGAGCCAGGUCACCUCCCUCACGUGCUGUCCUUCAAUGCAGCCUUCGGGCAGCGCUGGCUGGCCUGGGAGGUCCUAGUCACCAAGUACGUGCUGGAGGGGUACAGCAUCACCGACAACAGCGCCGCCUCCAUGCUGCAGGUGUUUGACCUGCGCCGUAUCCUCACCACAUACUACGUCAAGGGGAUCAUCUACUACGUUACGGCCUCCACAAAGCUGGAGGAGUGGCUGUCCAGCGAGAGCGUGCAGGAGGGACUGCGCUGCUGCCGGGACCGGGGCUAUGUGGACGUGGACCCCACCUUCAACCCCAACAUCGACGAGGACUACGACCACAGGCUCGCCGGCAUCUCCAGGGAAAGCUUCUGCGGGAUCUACCUGGGCUGGAUCCAGUACUGUGCCUCCCGCCGGGUGAAGCCUCUGAACUCGGACAAGGACUCUGCUGUGGUGACUCUGUGCUACGGGCUGUGUGUCCUGGGGAGAAGAGCUCUGGGGACCGCCUCUCACCACAUGUCCAGCAGUAAUCUUGAGUCAUUCCUGUACGGCCUGCACGCUCUCUUCAAGGGAGAUUUCCGCAUCUCCUCGGUCAGGGACGAGUGGAUAUUCGCAGACAUGGAGCUCCUCAAGAAAGUGGUGGUUCCAGGGAUACGUAUGUCUCUCAAACUGCACCAGGAUCACUUCACCUCCCCGGAUGAGUACGAGGAGCCGGCUGUGCUGUUUGAAGCGAUCUCGACUCACGAGCAGACCCUGGUGAUCGCGCACGAGGGGGACCCAGCCUGGCGCAGUGCGGUGCUCUCUAAUGCCCCCUCCCUGCUGGCACUCCGCCACGUCAUGGAUGAGGGCACCAACGAGUACAAGAUCAUCAUGCUGAACCGCCGCUACCUCAGCUUUCGUGUUAUCAAGGUCAAUAAGGAGUGCGUGCGCGGGCUAUGGGCCGGGCAGCAGCAGGAGCUGGUUUUCCUGCGGAACCGCAACCCCGAGCGUGGCAGCAUCCAGAACGCUAAGCAAGCUCUGCGCAACAUGAUCAACUCGUCCUGCGACCAGCCCAUCGGGUACCCCAUCUACGUGUCCCCCCUCACCACGUCCUACUGCAACUCCCACAGCCAGCUGCGGGACAUCAUGGGGGGGGCCAUCAGCAUCGGAAACAUCCGCAACUUCAUCGUCAACACCUGGCACAGGUUGCGGAAAGGCUGUGGAGCCGGGUGCAACAGCGGCGGGAACAUCGAGGAGUCUGACGCUGGAGGAGGGGUCUUGUGUGGUAACAGCAAUGGGGUGGGGGUGGAGUUACAGCAGAGUGGCAUCUCACAGGGAGGGACAGCUGGACUGGCACCCCCUGUCUCCUACCAGCCCCACGCCAUGGGCACCAGUCACAGCUCCCAGUCGGUGCAGUCAGGCCUGGUGCGUCACUCCCCAGCCCGGGCCUCGGUAGCCAGCCAGUCCUCGUACCGCUACAGCAGCAGCCGUCACUCCUCCCUGCGCACCUCUGCCACAGGACUGGAGCCCUGCCGCCGCUCCUCCACCAGCCAGCUCUCCCUGCGCACCCUGCCCACCUCCCUACAGCUGCGCCUGUCCGUCGCAACCGCCAGCAGUGACCCGGCUGGGCCCUCCGCCAGCCUGUCCAGCCACAGCAUCCCCCCCUGCAAGAGGCACGCGCUGGCAGGGCUACUGGGGAGCGAGGGGCUGGGUGGCCCUGAGACACACCGCAGAGAUGACAUCGUCUACAGGGUGCAGGUCAUUGACUCAAGCCAGGUGCUAGAGACCAUUAACCUGUCGAAGCGCAAGGAGCUACAGUGGCCAGACGAGGUGAUGAGGCUGAGAGCUGGUAGGAGCUGCUGGAGGGAGUGGAGCCCGCAGGAGGGCAUGGAGGGACACGUGAUUCACCGCUGGGUGCCUUGCAGUAGAGAUCCAGGGAGCCGAUCCCACAUUGAUAAAACCAUCCUGCUGGUGCAGAUAGAGGACAAGCUCGUACCCAUCAUUGAGACCGGGGUCAUGGAGCUGGGGGCUGAAGUGUGAGCUGCCCCAGAGAAAUGGGGGAACAAAGGACCAGAACACUCACACAGCGCCCCCCGGGACGGAGUCGUCCUACAGGGGGAUGAUGAGGACACGACAGCAUGCUCUCAAGCCCCUUCACAAGAUUGUAGGAGAGCACUGCAAGGGGAGAUGGAGUUCUCCCUCUAUGUAACACAAUAUGCUGCAUGAGGUUACACUCCUGUUAACACACAUUCAUUAUAAGUUGAAUAUUUCUAUGCAUCUCAUAACCGUGUGACAGUCAGACACCUUUAUUACAAUCCAGUCAAGAAAAACACACACAAGAAAACGACUUGCCAAAAAAGAGAAGAAAAGAUUUUCAUGGUUUCAUAUGAUGCAUGUUUAAACUGUUUGUUUAUGCCAAGACCGUAUAGCAUUGGCUAGGUGUAGUUAAACAGGAGAUUUUUUUUUUCUUUUUGUCAUGGAUAUAUACUUUAUCGCUCUUGUUGUCAUUCCUAUUUAAUUUUAGAGUGUUUAAAGAAACCUGCACUCUCUCUCUCUGUCUGUCAGUCAUAUAUGUAUAUGUGUGUGUGUGUGUGUGUGUGAGCAUUUUUUGUGGUUUUUACAGCAAUGCACUACAGUUCUGAGUAAUCCUCAGACAAAGAUUAUUUAUUGUUAAAGCGAAUUUGCCAUUAUUUUACAGAUGCCUUCGGAAUGAAAUACAUGCAAUUAGCAUACCAUUCUGCCAUCUAUAGUACUCUCCUUUUGUGUUAUUUAUUGCUCUGUAUUUUAGAUUUCUUUAACUUGAUCAACUGUUUCGUUUUAUAUAUAUAUAUAUAUAUAUAUAUAUAUACACACACACACACACACACACACACACACACACAGUG